CUAAAUUUCACCGUAUAUGUAUCGAAAACCGAGGAGUCCGAAAACGAUUCCUUCCUGAAAAAGUUUUGAAAGUUCGAAUUUACCGGGCUCCUCUCUCUCUUUCUCCUCUGCAAUUCUAUCUCUGAAUCGUAUGACCUUGUGUCGUAUUUCCGCCUCUGCAAUUCUAUCUCUGAAUCGCAUGACCCUGUGUCGUUUAUUCGCCCCAUCUUAUCGAGUUCGUGUAUCUUGUUACUCAGUUGGGAACAGAGCAAUGAGUUGUUCCAGGAGCAGUGAGCUUAUGAGUGUCUCGCCUCCCCUUCAGCCCCAAAAAUCUGCAGAUUCUGCUUCUUCUUCAUCUGGUCCCAAAAUUGGUGGGUGCCUAGAAAAUGAGUCUUCGGAUGAUUGGAACAGCCAUGAAAAAUGGUUUUCUCUAAGAAACCCCCAAAUCCAAGAUGACUACAGGGCAUAUCCAAUGCCAACUCCAGGAAGAAUUUUUUCUCCUAAGAGAGUUGUGAAUAAUGAUUUGCAUAAUGAGACGUCCCCUUCUUUCCGCCCAUUUAACAUUUGCUAUCCUGAGAUGAGAAUUUCUGGACGAGGUACUCCAGUUAAAUUGAAUGCUUCUUUAUUUACUCAAAAUAAGCAGAAAAGAAUGGAAAAUGAGUGUUUGAAGAAUGGUAUCGAAUGGCAUAAACUGGGACCUGGAAUGAUCCUUUUGAAGAGUUUUCUUGGUCAUGAUAAUCAGAUAGAAAUAGUAAGAAUAUGCCAAAAGCUUGGUGCAGGUCCAGGGGGUUUUUACCAACCUGGUUAUAGUGAUGGAGCAAAACUACGAUUGAAAAUGAUGUGCUUGGGUAAGAAUUGGAACCCUCAGACAUCCGCAUAUGAGGAUACAUGUUUUGAUGGUUCAAAACCACCUGACAUUCCUAAUAAAUUCAAGGACCUGGUACUGAGAGCUAUUACAAGUUCUCAUGAGUUACUAAAACAAGAAAACAGGUUUGCUGAUGUGAAGAAGAUCCUACCCUCCAUGACACCUGAUCUUUGUAUUGUCAACUUCUAUAGAAAUACUGGGUGUCUUGGCCUCCAUCAAGAUAAAGACGAGAGCAAGGAAAGUAUUGGUAGAGGUUUACCGGUUGUGUCAUUUUCGAUUGGUGAUUCGGGUGACUUUUUGUAUGGAAAGAAAAGAGAUGAGAAGAAGGCCAGCCGAAUUAAAUUGGAAUCAGGUGAUGUGUUGAUAUUUGGGGGUAAAUCAAGGGAUGUGUUUCAUGGGGUUCCAUGUAUUCAUCGGGAUACAAUGCCGAACUGGCUUCGCGAUGAGUCGAGGUUGUUUCCUGGUCGGCUGAAUCUGACUUUUAGAAAGUACUAGCGAGAGGUUUCUGAAUUUCUUUGUUCUCAAUUUAAAAUGUGGAAGCUCAUUUUGGGAGCCUUUUUUUGGAUUAUUGCCACAAUAUAGGUUUUAUCCUGCAUUUUGGAUUAAUGGCUGUUCAUUAGCUUGAUGAAAUGGCUAUUGUUGAUAACUCGAUGUAGAAAUGGAAAGAGAUGUAAACUUAACGAUAACUCGCUGUAGAAGUGGAAAGAGAUGUAAACUUUUUGUAGAGGCUUUUGGAAAUGAAAAUCAGGAUUUUCUUUUGCAUUA